AUGAUGUCGUCACAAGCGUAUGUAGACAUUUCGACCUGCUGAACACAACAUUUGGUCGUCACGAAAACACCUAUGAAAGAUUUGGUUUGGAUUCGCAAUGAAUCAAUGAGAGUCUUCCCAGUUCGACGUACCGGCGACGACGGGAUCUCGUUUGAAGAAGCGCCGGCGGUGUGCUCGAACCUGGGUGGUUACUUGGCAAACAUUAGCGACUUACAGGCGGCACACAGACAAGGUCUCCAUCUUUGCAGAUGUGGCAUACUACGUAACAACUCAUCCCGCUACAGCGCCCUUUACAACGGAACGAACUGCUCCGACUUCGCAUCCGGCGGGCUUCAGCCGCCGACAAUCGUGCCGUGCAAGUUGCCCCCGACUUAUACCUACAUGUCACCGGCACCGCUUGCGUUCUGCGUUUUGUAAAAAGACUUGCGUACUGAGUUUUGCAAAGAGAUGGCAUGCUGCGUUUUGUAAAGAGACUUGCGUUCUUCGUUUGGUAAAAAGACUUAAGUACUGCGUUUUGUAAAAAGACUUGCGUACUGAGUUUUGCAAAGAGACUUGCAUGCUACGUUUUGUAAAAGGACGAUAUUCGUCCAAUUAGGAGAACGUUUUUACUAAAGGGACAUCCUUUGUUUAAUUAAUUCACGUAUUUUCUAAAUGUACUAUCUUUGGCUAAUGAAGUGAACGUCUUUUCCAAAAGAACGAUCUCUGUCAAAUUAAGUGAUCGUUUUUUGUUAAGGGAGACCCUUUGUCUUAUUAAAUAAAACGUGUAUUCUAAAGGGACAAUCUUUGUCCAAUUAAAUGAAUGUAUUUUCUAAA